UAAUUUAUCUAAAAUGGUAGGAAUAGCGAUGACGGAGAUGAAGAUACGGUAAAGCGAGAAGAAUGGCGAUCUUAUCCACAAUAUUUAUCGCAUUGAAUGACUGAAUCUGUUGCCUUCCGAAUCAGGAGACAUUCGCCGUGAUCUCCUCCUCCACCGCCCCUUUCCCUCACAUUCCGGAUCCCGUCGCCUUAAAAAUCCCAUCUUUUCCCUUCUUUCCCUCCCGCGCCCGGAGAAGAUUGAUCGAGGCAGACAAUAGUCAUUCAUGGCAUCGAUUCCUUGCAGUUUCUACUACCAAGUUCCCUCCUCCGUCACCUUCCCGCCUCCUGCUUCUUCCUCCGACGAGAAUUUGAGCUCUCCGUUCGACGUCCUGCGCCGGCGGCUCUGCUGCUUCGGCGCCAAGGUAACGCCGGACGAGGGAUCCAGUGCCUUUUUCUGGCUCCGCCUCCGGAAUCGCGUCGUCACCGCCGGCCCCAUGACGCGGGAUGAUUUUGAUCGGGACGAUGUCCGGCAGUACUUCAAUGACAUGAGAAUGGCUGAGAAUAUACAAGCACUGCUAAACCUAGACGUUCAUCCUGUGGAUAUCUUACUGAUGCUAGCUGCCUCUAAUGGUGACGUGCCUAAGAUUGAGGAGCUGAUGAGAGCAGGUGCCAGGUACGAUGUGAGGGAUGCAGAUGGAAGGACAGCUUUGGAUAGGGCAUCCACCAACGACCAGAUCAAAGAGCUAAUCUUAGGUUUUUCUGUUUAAAAUGUCUGAGCUAGGAUUUGACUGAUCAUGCUGUUUUUUAAAUUAGAUUAUGCUGUUGUCUUUUAUUUUGGCUUGCAUGACAAAUAAAGAGAAAGCAGGUUGCUCUUUUGCUACCAAAGAGAAGCGAUUUUCAUGUGAAUGAGCUCCUAAUUUGAUGUUGGCCUUUUGGGAAUUGGAAUCGACACCAUAUGAAUCGGGAUUUAACUUGUAGAUCAUGUAUGCUGUAUACAUUGUCUUUUGGGAGGGCAAUCGACUGUCUAUUGAGCCGA